UACAACCGUAAUUCAAAACUUGUAAAGCAUAGUCAUCAAUGGCGGAAGCAUCGCUCGCUAUCGGGCUGAGGACGGCGUUUGUGGUGCUCGGAUUUCUGGCCACUGCCACCGUCAUCUACACAGUCGUCACUGACGGCCUCCCUUUCCGCAAAGAACUCCUCACCCCGUGGAUGGCAGCAACCUUGGUUGAUUUCUAUAUCAAUAUCUUAGCCAUAGGGAUGUGGAUAAUCUACAAGGAAUCUAACUGGAUUUCCUCACUUAUUUGGAUGGUUUUGCUUAUAUGCUUUGGAAGCAUCACCACAUCUUUGUACGUCGUUUUGCAGUUCCUAAAGCUCACUCCUCAAGAAUCACAGUUAGAUCCCGUCUACUUUGUUUUGCUCAGAAAUAAGAAAAGUCCUUCUAUGGAGGAAGUGGAGUUGAAGAAGAGUAUACUAUCUGUUGUAGGCGCAAGGUUUCUUUUCUCUGUCUUGGGCUGUCUCAUGGUAGCUACAUUGGUUUACACCAUUGCCACAGAUGGCUCACCGUUUCGCCAAGAGCUUUUGACUCCGUGGCUGUCAGCGACACUCGUUGAUUUCUACGUUAACGUGAUUGCUAUAUCGGUUUGGGUGGCGUAUAAGGAGCCGAGCUGGACAAGAUCAGCAAUAUGGAUCAUUUUGUUGAUAUGCUUCGGAAGUGCUACCACGUGCGCUUACGUUGCCCUACAACUCUUCCGUCUCUCGCCUCAGGACCCCGUGCACUUUGUUCUCUUCAACAGUGACAGCAGGCAAGUUCAUGAUGUGCGUCUAGUGUUUUGA